UGCACCGCCCCCUCUACAUUAUGGACUAAUAAGAACGCGGAGUUGUUUGACUGGCGGGAGCACCGACCAAUGGGAGCGCGGCGAGGGCGGGCGCGCGGGACGGGCCCGGCUGAGCGGGAGCGGCGCCGCCAUUUUGGGGCCGGGGAGCGGCGGCGGCGGCGGCUGCGGCGCCGGGGAAGGUGCUGGCGCCAUGGAGUAUGAGCGCAGGGGUGGCCGUGGGGACCGCACGGGGCGUUACGGGGGCGCCCCGCCCCCCUCCGAGGACGGCUCCCGCGCCCAGCGUGACCAUGACUAUCGCGACAUGGACUACCGCGGCUACGGGGGACCCCCCGAGGGGCCCCCCGCUGCCGGGACCCCUCCUCAGGCAUCCUACGAGAACACGGAGCCCCCCCGGAAGCGGGAGCCCCCCCGGGAGCCCCCCCGGGACCCCCCGGCGCUGCCGUUCGGCGCUGACGGCGAUUACCGGGACCAGGAUUACCGGGAGGGCGCCGAGGAGGAGCCGCGGGCCAGCACCAUCGUCAUGCUGCGCAUGCUGCCCCAGGCGGCCACCGAGAACGACAUCCGGGCACAGCUGCAGGCGCAGGGGGUGCAGCCCCGUGAGGUGCGGCUGAUGCGCAACAAGUCCUCAGUUCCAGCCAUGGUGACCCCCCUGGUGCCCCCCCUGUUCGUGUCCUGGUGCCCCCCAGUUCCAGCCAUGGUGACUCCCCUGGUGCCCCCCCUGUUCGUGUCCUGUUCCAGCUAUGGUGACCCCCCUGGUGCCCCUGCAGUUCACCUCCUGGUGCCCCCCAGUUCCAGCUAUGGUGACCCCCCUGGUGCCCCUGCAGUUCACCUCCUGGUGCCCCCCAGUUCCAGCUAUGGUGCCCCCCAGAUUCAUGUCCUGGUGCCCUCCAAGUACCCCCCAGAUUCCUAUCCUGGUGCCCCCCAGGCCGGGCUGACCCUGCUGGGGCACCGCGUGUCCCUGCACUACAGCGACCCCAAACCCAAAAUCAACGAGGACUGGCUCUGUGCCAAGUGCGGGGUGCAGAACUUCAAGCGCCGUGAGAAAUGUUUCAAGUGUGGCGUCCCCAAAGCCGAGGCCGAGCAGAGGGGUCCAGGGGGUCCCCGUCCGGAGCUGGUGCCGGGGGGGGGAGGGGGGCUCCUGCCCCUCCCCCAACCCUACGGCCCCACCCUCGGGGGUCCCCCCGGGGGGUCCCAGGGGGGCACCGAGCCCGGAGCUGACAACGCCAACGACACCAUCAUCCUGCGGAACCUGCACCCCCAGAGCAGCCUGGAGUCCAUCCUGGCCGCGCUCGCUCCCUUCGCGGCGCUCUCGGCCGCCAACGUGCGCGUGAUCAAAGAUCGGCAAACGCAGCUGAACCGCGGCUUCGCCUUCGUGCAGCUCAGCACCAUCGUGGAAGCUGCACAGCUGCUGCAGAUGCUGCAGGCGCUGCACCCGCCCCUGCACAUCGACGGCAAGAGCAUCAACGUGGAGUUCGCCAAGGGCUCCAAGAGGGACGUGCAGGGGGCGGGGCCUGGGGAGGGGCCCCCCCGCGCCAGCGCCGCCUCCGUCGCCUCCACGGCCAUCGCUGCGGCCCAGUGGGCUCUGUCACAGGCAGCCCCCGGCGGUGACGCCCCCUGGGCCGGGGGGGAGGAGCCCAGCGCUGACUUCAGCGGCUUCUACCAAUCAGAGGAGCCCUUCCCCGGGCCUGGCCCCGCCCUCUACAGCCCCGCCUACCUGAAAGGAGCCUCGGCCCCGCCCCCCGGGCCCGCCCUGCCUGGCCCCGCCCCUGCCAAGGCCGACGGCCCCGCCCCCG